GCUCACACACCUCGACUCGAGACUCGUACAGCCAGUUUCAACCCUCACCUUACAACAACUCCCAAAGGUGUUCCCGAGGAUAGGAUAGCGGCUGGCCGACUACUAUUCUCUUCGAAUAUCUCCGCGAACGGAGCUCGCAAGAAAGGCUUUGCACGGGCAGAAAACGAGCGCUUCUCGCCUCAAUCCAUUUUCUCGCCUCCCUUUUUUUUCACGCCCGGCUGGUCCAUUGCGAGCUUUCACCUCCCCCGAAAGUGCGGUGCUAGUUUCGGUGUCUGUUCUAUAGCUUGGACGUAGCGUCGGCACUGGACAACGGGAUCGCCUUCACCUCCCACUUCACACCUCCCCCCAUUUCACACCUCGCCCAACAUGGACACCCCCCUCCUAAUCCUCCUCAUAACCUUCGGCAUCUCGGUCCUCCUCGCCCUGGAGCUGAUCGCCAUCUUCACCCGUGUCAAACGCAACCUCACCCUCCGCGUGUGGGCAGGGUUCACUAUCCUCUAUGCUUUGAUCGUUUUUGCGGGCAAUAUUGCGACGGGUGGGGAGGGCAAUGUGCCGGGGAGCAAGAAGGCCUUGAGUGAUGGGGUUUGUGCAGGGCAGGCGUUGGUCAUCCUUUAUUUGAUUAGUGUUAUAUACGCGCUCAACUUCUUCAUCACCUUCAACGUCUGGUCCGCCGUCUGCUCGACCAAAUUCCGGGACCGUGAAUCCCGUCGUUUCCCAAUCUACCUCACCAGCUCACUCAUCGUCGCGGCCAUCCCCACCGCCGUCGUCGCCUACUUCAACAUCCAGAAAAUGAAUUCCGCGGUACCCGUGAUGGUGCCCGUGCCCGUCCCCGGCGCCCCCGCGGGCACCACCGUCAUGAUGCCCAUAAUCCCCGAGCCCGGUUUCGCCUUCUUGGGAAGUUAUUGCCAGCCCGUCUAUCCCGUCAAAUCCUUUAUCUACGGCCCCAUGUGGUACAAUGGCCUCUCCACGCUCGCGUGUGUGGCGAUGAUCCUCCACGCCGGCGGAAAACUCAUCGUGUACCGUAGUCAGAUGAGCACGAACAAUGAGAGCACGAGCGGAGGUGUUGGCAAGAGCAGCCGCGGCGGCACGUCCCCGAACUCCAGCGCGACGAUCAGUAAAGCGAUGUGUGUCAGGUUUGGAGUGUGGGUGGUUGUUUUCUUGGUGGUGGUUGUGAUUGCGAACUGGAAGUAUGUGGAGGCGGUGGCGAAUAAUAAGUUUAUGACUGCGGACCCGAGACAUAUUCCGGUUACGUUUUAUGCUGGCGCCAUCCUCGGCCUCGCCGCCUACCUCGUCUUCGGCACCGGCCGCGCCGCCUUCAUGGCCUCCACGCCCUACGCGAUCUACAAGCACUUCACCAACCGUUCCUCGCGCUCCUCAACAACCUCCGGCCGCCGCCCCUCCAACUUCUCCACCUCCUCCUACAACCCCACAUCCUCCACUAUCCACAACACCCGCGUCAACACCAAAGCGGUCGAGAACGACGGCUACGACAUGCGCGCGUACUACCUCGACCAGUCCGCGAAAUCCGGCGGUGCAGCAAGAGAGACGUAUGGCGUUACCCGUGAGCAGGACGGGUUGAGUUACCCGGCCGUCGCGGCCGCUCGGCAGUACCCCGUGUAUGAUUACACCAACGAUGAGCAGGAGUACUACGCCCCUUCUCAGGUGGCUUCCCCGCACCAGGACGGGUACAACGACUACCCCCGCUACACCAACAACGGAUCCCAACAGCAUCUCACGCGCGCGACGACUCCCGCGACGACCACCAACGCGACCAAUGUAUCGUACUACGAUGAUGUGUACGACUCCCAGUCCACCACAGCGUUCCACAAUCCCACACCGAACCCAUCCAACCGCUCCAUCCGCUCACCCACCCCCGUGCGCUCCAACACCGGGAAUGCGUCCGAGCUCGCGUACAUGACCACCGGACCCGCGUACGGGUACACGUCGCCGACGAGUGUAUCCCAGAGCGCGAGGGGCGGCAGUGAGCGGGGAGGAGGGUAUGGCAGCGAACGAGGCGGGAGUGAACGCGGAGGCAGGGCGCAGUACGGGGUUGCGAGGGAGAGUGAGGACGGUGCGUAUGGACAGGGCGGGUACAGCCAGCAGGGGCAGGGGUAUGGACAGGGCGGGUAUGGAUAUGGCCGGUAGAUGAUGGGUAUAGCCCAGCCCCCGGCUCGAACGGAUCCCCGAAUCGAACUAUCAGCUGCUGAUGGCCACCACGCAUCCCCUCACACGCAUUCACACCCCCGACGCUCCAGCGGGCGCCUGGGAACAUUGGUUCUCAACCCACUUUCGUAACCCAUUCGUUCAUCCCGCGUUCAUUCAUUCAUCACACAUCCGGUUUGC